CCCCCCCCCCUCUGCUGGAAAUUCCAGAUCUGCUCUGCUCUUCUCCCCUGUCCGCCGGCUGUUAUGUGGGUUUGGAUUUCUGGGCACUUUUCGGCCCGUGAGCCCCCCCUGCAGAUGCCGUCGGCUUCCUUCCCAGCCGGAACCGGCCUUUGCUUACCGAAAAUUCUAGUUUUGAUUGUUCUGUCACCGUAGCACUUGGGUUAGCCUUCUGUUCUGUGCGAGUAAGGAAGCGAAACUGAGGACGGGGAAACCGAGGGGAGUGACGAGUUAGAAGGCUAGCCAUUUCGAGAUUGGUAUAGAUUUAGAAAUAAAUCAUGCUCUUGCAAGCUAGAGUGUAUGUGGAGAUUU